CUUGCCAGAGCUUCUACUCACCGACAUUUAAUGUAGUGUCCAUCCUCGUGAGUACAUCCUUCUACGUGUGGCAAGCUGGAAUAGAUCGACUGAUUUGUAUGGUCUCAGCACAUUUUGUAGUUGCAGCACUAUGAGGUGGACCCUGACAGCAGUUUGUCUGUGGCUGACUGGAGCUUGGGACACUCUCGCCGAAACUGAGAUUAAAUCCCUCCAUGUGAAGACAGACAUAUUCCACCGAUACGCUUCCACCACAGUGUCCAGCCUCAUGGUCAACUCUGGUGAUCAAAUAGAGGAGGCGUCCUUCGUGGUCAUCUAUCCAGACUCGGCAUUCAUCACAAGAUUCAUAAUAGAAGCAAACGGAAAAGUGUAUAAGGCUAAAAUGAAAAAUAAAGAGGAUGUAAAAGAAUUGGUUAAAGAAAAUGGAACUAAUAUCAUAAUAUUUGUAAGAGAUUCCCAUCAGAUAUCCGUUUCAACCAAACUGGAAGCUCACGCAGAAGUGAAGUUCUUAAUGGACUAUGAAGAAUUACUCCCAAGAAAACUGGGAAUCUACUCUAAUGUCAUCACCCUAAACCCUGGACAGAUAGUUAAAGACUUGAAUGUGACAGUUAACAUUGAAGAGCCAUCACCGAUUACAAAUCUGGAGGUUCGUGACUUUAAAGAUUUUAAUGAGGCGACUGCUGACAUAUUUAAACCAAAUAAACUUGUAAAUAUACACGAGAAGAGUCCAUACAGCAAGACAAUAGUUUGGGCUCCAACAGCUGAGCAGCAGAGAGCUAUAAACAGUAGAGGACUCCAAGGACAGCUAGCUGUGAGGUACAGUCUGGACCUGACUCAAGGCCACCACCUUCAGCAGUAUGUGAUAGAUAAUUUGAACUUUGUCGCCAACUUUUUUUCCAUUGAUGAUUUCCCUAACCUAAACAAACACAUUAUAUUUGUACUCGAAUACAGCUAUUCUACAAGAAGUGACAAAUUAGAGGAAUUAAGGAAAGCCAUGGACACAAUUCUCAGAGAUCUGAACCGCAAUGAUUAUUUCAGUAUCAUUCUCAUCAAGAGUUUUGUUGAGGCUUGGUCUCCAGACACUAUUUAUAUAACAGGUCCAGACGCAGCAGAAAGUUAUGACAGAGAACACAAACUAAAAUCUAAACAUUUUACCUCAACUUUGACUCCAAAGUUUCUGGUGGAAGCUUCUCCAGAAAACGUUGCAAAGGCUCGUUACUACCUUAUAUCUGAAGAAAUGGAUUUAUCAGAAGCUACUAACGUUAAUGGAGGUUUGAAGACGGCAAUGAAUCUGGCGAACUUGGGAGCCAAGAAGUGGAAAGCUAAUCCUCCUAUUCCUCUCAUUCUCUUCUUUUCAAAUGGAGAUCAAAACAUUAGAGAAGUUGACGCCGACUUUGACCAAAUAAAAGCUCUUAAUAUCAUACAGUGUCCCAUCUAUAGCUUAGCUGUUGGAUAUCACUCAAAUUAUGAUUUCCUACGAAAGCUUUCUAUAUCCAACUAUGGUUCCAUUCAUGUUGUAUAUGAUGCUACAGACAUUGUAGGACAGAUAAUGGACUUUUAUCGCUCAGUUGCUUCUCCACUGCUCACCGACAUUACAAUCUCUUACUUUCAAACUAAGGUUAAAAACGUGACCAGAAGCAAGUAUCCACUGUAUUUCAGAGGAUCAGAGAUUGCAGUCGCAGGCAAAGUAAAGAGAGACGCAACUGCGGGACUGGAACCUAUUGGAGAGCUCAGCUUUACCUCGGCUAGAGCUGCUGGCACCCACAACUAUUCCCUGACUGAUAAAAAUAUAUUUGAUGGUAACAGCGUGACAAAGUUAUAUGAAUAUCUUUGGAUUUCACAGAUGUUAGAACAACUUGAAUCUCAGUUGGAAUUACAGGAGAAACAAAAGAUUAAAGAAUCACUUCUCAAUAUGGCUAUAGAGUGUACUUUCUUCACUGCUUACACUCCUUUAGUAGUUGAAAAACCAGAUGGAACCAUAACAGUCGUAGAGAUAACAGCUCUAAAACAAGAGUAUCUAGAAAAAACGGAGUUAGAGAAAAUCAAAUGGAUACGGCCACAUCUCAUUAGAAGCGCCACAGCAACACAAGUCAAUGUUAUGAUCAAAGGUGAAAAGUACAGUUUAGCUUUAAAUCCGACUAAUGAAACUUUUGGAACUUGCAAUGUGAAUCACAUGGCUGGAGAAUGUCGUCACUUUCAGAGUUGCCCUUUGGAGAUCUUCCAAGACGUUUCUGACUUCAUUCCGUUCAAAUGUGACAUUACAGCAAACUUUUUGGGAGUGUGCUGUCCUUUACAUCUGAACUGAAUCAGGACAAAAUUUGUUCCUUUUUAUUAUUAUAAGUUAAAGAAUAGUCAUACAUUGCGAAGAAGUGUAAAACAUAUAUGUGUUUCAUAACUUAUUGGUAUUAUUAAACACAUGUCUUAGUUUCUUUAAAAA